AUGUCGGACGCUCCACACGAUGGAUCAGGUUUUGCUCCACGACCGCCACCACCACAACCACCAGUCCCACCACAACCGCCAGCACCACCACAACCGCCAGCACCACCACAUCCCCCAGCCCCAGCCCCAGCACCACCAAGACCACCACCAAUGGAGAGAUGGUGGUGUAAUGGUUGUCGUCGAGAGAAUCCUAUGACUCGUUACCAAUGCCAAGUUUGCCGUGGGAGUGACACAUUUGACCUUUGUGAACAGUGUAUCGCCGAAACCGCAGUAAUACAUCCGGGACACUCAUUUCGUCUAGUACGACCAUCUGGCAUAUUUCCGCAUUAA